AUGCCGAAAAUUUCUUAUUGGAAUAGAGUUAUUAUAUUCCGAAUUUUCGGAAUCGGUUUGCAGGUUUUGGAUAUGGAUUCUUCUUCUUCUUCUUCUUCUCUUCCUGCUCCCCUUCAAACAAAGUACGAUGUGUUUCUUAGUUUCAGAGGUGAAGACACACGCGAUCCUUUUACCAGCCAUCUUCACGCGGCUUUACGUCGGAAGAACAUUGACACCUACAUAGAUAACAGGCUCGAGAGAGGAGAUGAAAUUGCUCCUGCCCUUCUAGAAGCAAUCGAGAAAUCUAAAAUUGCACUAGUCAUUUUCUCAAUAGACUAUGCUUCUUCCACAUGGUGUUUGAAAGAACUUGUGUAUAUACUUGGAUGCAAGAAAAGCCAUGGACAGAUUGUUAUACCCAUUUUUUAUCGCAUAGAUCCAUCACAUGUACGAAAACAGCAGGGAACUUAUGCACUUGAAGAUCGUCCACUUAAGCGCAGUAGGGAUGAGGUGGCCAACUGGAGGGCUGCUUUGGAGGAAGCAGCCAAUAUGUCUGGGUUUCAUUAUUCCAGCAAAAAAGGGUAA